AUGCUUCACCAGCAUGACAAUAAAAAGCUUCCCUAUCCUCCCCCUUCCAAACACUACCUCCCCCCAUCACCCGAUCCUAUCUUUUCACACUCUCCGGCAUUCACCUCUGCACUUUCCGGCCAAAACAACUGGUCCUCCAAUAUUCUUGUCGAGCUCGUUAAGGCCAUUGCCGACGACAAGAACAGCUCCCGUGCCCGACAACUCAUGUGGCUCACCAUCGAGCUGAGCUCACCUUACGGGGAUAUCGACCAGAAACUCGCGUUUUAUUUCAUCAGAGCAAUCUUCUGCUGGUUAACGGGCUCGGGCCCACAGACAUACCAGGCCCUGAUAUCCGUCUCUGAAAAGGCCAGCUCAUUCGAGUCCACCAGAAAGAUGAUGCUCCGGUUUCAGGAGGUUAGCCCCUGGCUGACCUUUGGCCACGUAGCUUGUAACGGAAGAAUAGUGGAGGCAGUCGAGGGAGAGAGAAGGAUACAUAUAGUUGACGCAAGCAACACCUUGUGCACGCAGUGGCCCACCUUGCUGGAGGCCAUAGCCACACGUGCUGACGAGACUCCUCACGUGACUAUCACCGCCGUGGUGAGCCAAGGAUUGUCGGCGGUGAUGAGAGAGAUUGGGAAGAGGAUGGAGAAAUUCGCUCGCCUGAUGGGGGUUCCGUUUGAGUUCAACAUCAAACACCUUGCGGGCGAUUUAUCGAAUCUGGAUUUCGAGGGAUUGGGGAUCAGAGGGGACGAGACGCUCGUCCUGAAUUGCGUCGGGUCCCUGCGAGCCGUGAAAUCAAUCGGUGGGAAUAGGGAUAAAUUGAUCUCCGAUUUGGGGAAAUUGAAGCCUAGGGUUCUUACGGUGGUCGAGGAAUCGGCGGAUUUUGGGGGCGAUGAUUGUUUUGGAGAGUGUGUGAGAUUUUAUAGGGCUUACCUGGAGUCGCUGGACGAUUGCUUCCCGAUGGCGAGCGAAGAGCGGCUGAUGCUGGAGCGGGCGGCGGGACGCGCCGUCGUGGAUCUGGUGGCGUCCCCGGCGGAAGAGUCGGAGGAGAGGCGGGACACGGCGGCGGGGUGGUGCCGCCGGCUGAGCAGCGCGGGUUUCAGACCGGCGGCGUUCGGGGAGGAAGUGCGCGACGACGUGGGGUCGUUGCUGAGGAGGUAUGAUAGAGACGGUUGGUCGGUGGGUGAACGAUCGGACUCCGCCGGAAUAUUCCUUUCGUGGAAGGAUGAGCCGCUGGUGUGGGCGAGUGCAUGGGUGAUCGGAGGAGAGAGGGGAACAUGA